AUGAAUAAUGUGGGGUAAUUCAUACAGAUUUAAAGCCUGAAAAUGUGUUGCUACAAUUAUCUUAAGAAGAGAUCAAAGACAUCAUUGAAAAUGGUUAAAUAACAAGCAACUAGAUAUUCAAGGAACGUUUGGAACUUUACCAUUCGCUUUUAUAUCAAAAAGGAAGAGCCAGUCAAAUUAGAAGGCAAUUCAUUACCAAUUAAAACUGACUCAAUUAAACCUGUUGAAAGAGUUAAUUCUGAAUAGCAAUAGGAAUAAUCAUAGUUAACUAAAAAUCAAUUAAGAAAUUUAUAGAGAAGGCAAAAGAAAAAAUAAUAAAAUUUAUAAAAACAACAGGAAAUUGAAAAUUUAGAUGAAAAUUUGAAAAUUUAAAAUAAAGAAAAUGCUGAAGAAAUACGAAAACAUUAAAUUAAACAAGAGAAUGUUAUAGAUAAAAAUAAUAAUAACCUAUUUUAAAUUGAUAAGAAAUCUUUAUUUAAAUAAAUACAAAAGAAUGACUUUUCAGUGAAAAUUGCAGAUUUAGGAAAUGCCUGUUGGACACAUCAUUAAUUUUCAACUUUAAUAUAGACUAGAUAAUAUAGAUCUCCUGAAGUAUUAAUUGGAACAAGAUAUAAUGCUACAGCCGAUUUGUGGAGUUUUGCUUGUAUGUUAUUUGAAUUAUUAACUGGUGACUUUUUGUUUGAACCCAGAAAAGGUGCAAAAUUUUUGAAAAAUGACGAUCAUUUAGCUUAAAUUCAAGAAUUAACAGGCAAAUUUCCAUUAUAAUUUUCUUAAAAAGGAUUAAAAUCUAAGAGAUAUUUUAAUAAAGAAGGAAAUCUUUAAAGAAUUCCAAUACUAAAUUGUUGGUCAUUAACAGAUGUUCUAAUAGAAAAGUACAAGUAUAUUCCAAAAGAAGCAAAAGAAUUAGCUUCCUUUUUAGGACCGAUGUUAAAUCCUUAUCCAGAGAUGAGAGCAACUGCAUCUUAAUCUUUAAUACAUUCCUGGUUGAAGUGA